ACAAGGGGCGAAGGUGCAGGGAGGGCCAGCUGCAGUCAUGGCUAAAACAAAGGUUCACCAUCGCAGACAAGUGCCUUCAAAUGCAGUUUACACGGAUGACCAUAACGAUCGUCACAAUGACAACAAUCCCAUGAAUACAUGUGAUCGGUCUGAUAUCUCUUGUAAGACUAUUAUCAAGCGAAUUGUGUUGGUUAUAAUACUUGCUGCAUUUGUAACAACACUGAGCAUGGUUACUGUUGUCUCAGUACGUCAUGGACCACAAACCAUUUUAAAAGGUGUGCACUCGUUCUUCUACACUGACGAGACGACUGCAACAAAACAUUCUAGAGCAACAAAAACAGUUCAUAAUGUUCCAUUGGAAACACAUGUACCACAGCGUAAGGUAAGUCAUGGAAAAACACCAAACUCUGAGGCAAAGCAACAGAAGCCGAGUAAAAAGGUUUUUACAAAUGGACUCGCUGGAAAGAAAAACCCGGAAGUAACAUCCAAACUGCCCGCGCAGCAUCAAACAGACGCAUUCCGUGAGACCAUCAUGAGGAAGCUAAAGAUCCGUGACGUCACAGUAGAUGGACGAUCUGUGAUUGGUCAGGAGUUAAUCGGAAACAAAAGGCGGCCAGAAGCUGCUAACAUUCGUGUCUACCAGUUCGAGCACUUCUUGUCCGAUUACGAAUGUGAUGGUUUAGUUGGCGCCCAUCGGAAUCACGUGACACAACAUUCUGAUGAACCAAUCAUGUGCUUUGAUUCCAUUGAUACACUCCAAAGACAUCUCAAGAAAUCGCAUCUUAACAUCAAAGUUACAAGCCAAGAUUUCACUGAAGGUACUUCUUGUGUAAACGCCAGUUUUUCUCAGGCUCUUCAGCCCAUGCUGGGAUGGUCAUACAGCACUGCGUUCUACCCAGGGGAAACACGCUUCACCACGGUGUUUGAUGAUCGAGUGUAUCGUGCAACGGGACUCAAACCAUCGCAUGGGGGCAAAUAUCAAAUCACCUCGUACGAAAAUGGAAUAGGUUACAAGAGUCACACCGACUGUACAAUAGGAAACCUGGAUCUGAGAGAUAGGAUGGGGACCAUAUUAGUUUAUCUUCAAGAUGUAGAAGAAGGAGGUCAGACAGAAUUCCCAGAGCUUGGUAUAAGUGUGACUCCACGUAAGGGUCGUGCGAUUGUGUGGAACAACCAGAAUGGUGACGGUGAGUGUGACCCGUACUCCCUUCAUGUGGCGCAACCAGUGAUCAAAGGACAUAAAUUCAUCCUACAAAGAUGGUACUACCAUAAGAACUUCUACAUGUUGGGCAGGAGACCGAUGGAGCCAGACUUACCCGUUCGCAAGGCGCUUCAACCACGUGUAUCGUGUGAUGAAUAUGAUCAUGGGAGCUGCCGUUGGUAAGACGAAUGGAAUUAUGAUCACAUCAACCAAUAUAAACAAAUCAAGAGUACGUUACAAUAGUAUAUGUGGACUUUUGGGGUUUGACGUAUCAUGAUUAGACUUCGGUCUGGUCUCAGGUGUCAGUAGAUGACGUCAUAACCACCAUCUUCGAUAUAAAACAAUGGAAAAGUGCACGCGUGUACGAACCUGCAACAUUUAAGACAACAAUAAUGCAUGAUAAGUCAAAUAAACUUCCUUGUGUGGAGAAAGAUUUGUUUACUGAAUGUAAGGUUUUUGUUUUGGAACCAAAGGGAGUGAAGUUUGGAAGCUUACGUGAGUGCCCUUGCACAAUGGAACAAUGGCCCCGUCAAGGGAAGUUGUUGUUCAACCUGGGGCUGAUUUCACUUACGUUUAUGUUUGCGAUCAUCGCUAACACACUUGCGAUGGGAUCGCAAACCUCAAAUCCAUCGCAAUUGCGAUGUCGCUAAUUUUGCGUUUCCACUAUAAAGCCAUCGCAAUUGCGAUGACGUAAAAAGGAAAAUAAAGUUUUUGUACGAGGCUAAAAGUAGGGACCUUUGACAUAACCCGCAAUAAAAUCGUCGGUCGUCGCUCGAAAUGAAAUGGCAUUUAAGUGCAGUUUAUGUAAAUCGUUGCAUAUUGUGCAUAAGAACCAACAACUAUUGUGGACGAUGUUUAAAUUCUAGGCAUUCAUUAACAAAGAGUUUAGGCUACAUUAAAUAAAAUAUAACGUGUUUCGUUUGUAGGCCUAUGGCCUCUAUUAGAAUUCUAGAUUUUAAUAAACAAUUUUCGUAAAUCUGA